AUGGUGUUUCAGGAACGUCUGUCAGGCCAGCCGAAAGGCCAAGAAUAUGUCUCUCAAAACCCCAUGUCAUCGACUGUUACCCCGACUGCGCAGGAUACCACUGCACAACAUACUAAUGUAGCCAUCUCAGCUCCGCAUAGCUCUAUUGCUGAUGGUUUGGCCUCGGGUGCCUCAAAAGCGCAAGACUCAGAUGCUGAUAGCUUAAUGGAUGCUACCGAGAUGGCUAUUGAGGAUUUAGCCUCAGCGAUCGAAAAAGCGUCUUGCACAAACUCCAAGAAUGAGGCAUUUCUCCCCGCUGAUAAGAUAGCCGGGUUUGUAGAAGCAAAGAGAAUCAGACGCGUCGUCGGGCACACUCAAUUCUUCGAUAGAAUGGAAGAUCUUGUCAGAUUCGUCCAAGGGGAUGCGCAGCGAUUGUUCCUCACUCUCGUGAUGAUGGAGAGCGAUGCGCUGGAACAAGAGCUCAAACACUUCCAAGACAUGGGGUUCGAUGAUAGUGUGUUACCAAUUCGGGUUGACCACCGGAAUCAUUCAGCACACAGCCUACUAGACCCGUCUAGUGCCACACGAUACCCGUUGCCCAUAAAGUGGAAACGAAAAGAAAAGGUUUGUUUCGAAGAAUACCAACGGCGGUUCACUGCUCCAGUCUUUGGUUCACCGAAUACUUUCCAUCAAUUUAUUCCUGAAGGGCAACGACUACCCUACCUGGAAGUCGCUCCAAAACCUACGAGCAGCGGUUACUUUGGAGAGGUGUCAAAAAACAUCAUUCACGCCAAGCACAUCCAUCCGUCGAUAGAGCUCCCCGUCAUGAUCUGGACUUCAAAGAAUCCUGUUGAGGGCGAAGAACUCAUGCAGGUAGACGCCAUAGCAGUGGCAGUCAAGAAGACGAAAGAGGGCGAGGAUGAUCCCAACUACAGCCGCGCCGAGUUCUUCGACAAAGAAGUCGGCAACCUAAAACGGGUGCGAGAAUACGACUCACCACAUCUGAUCAAACCAAUCUCCGGAUAUCAAAAUGGCCAGGACAGAUGCCUGAUGUUUCCCUGGGCAGAAGGAGGCAAUCUGGGUGGCUAUUGGAAGGACUUCCCGCUGCAAGCCAGAAACCGAAGCCAUGUCCUAUGGCAGCUUCGUCAGUUUGUUGGUAUCUGUUCCGCUCUAACGGAACUUCACAACCGCAACGUUAGACAUGGAGAUCUCAAGCCCGAAAACAUUCUUUGGUUUGAUCCAAAGAACGACGGAGGAAUCUUGCAAAUCGCAGACCUGGGUCUCGCCACUUUCCACAAGAAGGAAGAAGACACAAGAAACCGCCAAGGGAUGCCUACUCAGACACCUUCUGGCACGUCUCGAUACGAGCCGCCGGAGAUGGAUGAAAAGCGUAAUUCACAGGACCCCCGAUCACGCCAGUAUGAUAUUUGGUCUCUAGGAUGCAUCGUCUUCGAACUUCUCUUGUGGCUUGCUUAUGGUCCGAGUGACAUCACUAUCUUCAGAAACAACACGCCUUACUUCUGGCAGAAGCACCACAGGCGUAGGAACAACGAAUAUGUAGUCCACGAAUAUGUUGUUGCGAUCAUGGAAACACUGGAUCGCGACUUAGAGCCUGGCACAGCGUACAAGGACCUGCUUAACCUUGUUCGAAACAGACUGCUCGUCAUCAAAUACUCUGCGAAUUACAAUGAUGUACCAGACGAUUGUCGAGAGGGUGCGACGAAGGUGCACGAGUACUUUGCGAAGAUUGUGCAGAGGUGUGAGUUCAAUAGCGAUUACCUGAAACCUCUCACAGAAAAGCUCAGAUACCCUGAGGCUGAGCUGGACGGAAAAGCAACUCACCGAAACGGAGUUCAACGCAACGAAGUCCACGAAAAGGAUGGUAAUCUCGCCGUGCCUGGGCAGCAUUCAAAUGUUCAGCAUGCUUUACAUUCGAACCAAAUGCCGGAAGACAUCGCGCAGAUAACUCAAUCAGGUAUAUCUGACCCGGACCAAGACAUCCCUGGGAUUGCAAUUCGCGCUGCAACUAUGGAUUUGAACAGCGGUAGUUUGACACCUCAGACGUCACAAGUGUCCAACCAUCAUGAAUCAAAGAAACCAAAUAACCUCAACGACGACUGGACGUCUUCUCCAGACAACGGUUUUGCCGCUGGGUAUUUCGAUGUCAUAGGCUGGCACCGAGCCAGACCAACACCAAGCAAGGCACUUUCGAAGUCUUGCGGACACUUUUACUCUAGGGAGAUAGUGAACUUGUUCAACACAGUAUGUGACCUUGCAGUACUGCAGGAGAAUGCAAAAACAUGCGGUUUGUGUGGCAUUCUUCAGGAUGCCUUGACUCGAAAGAAUGUGAGGCCGCCACUAGGAGUAGUCAACCUACGUAGCGACUCUGCUCAUGUAGGUCUCCGAGACGGACCCAAUCUUCUUUCUCUGUAUUGCGAACCCGAACAAGGUGUACAGGUUUCUAGUGGUGCACAGCUGGGUCUGACACAGCUCUUCAAUCCAGAUACGUCCGAGUUCUUUGCGCUUCUAAACGAAUGGAUCCGAGUAUGUGACUCAGAUCAUAUUAUCUGUCAGCAUGACGACGAUGCACUCACUAUGCCUACUCGACUCAUAGAGGUGGGCGACCACAUGCGCCUCGUUGACACAGCAACAAUCGAACCAUCCCGAUAUGUCGCCUUGAGUCAUUGUUGGGGACCCCUGCAAAAACACGAAAGGUUCUGUACUUACAAGUGGAAUGUCUCGCAACGCAAGGCAGCCAUCGAGUUCGACGCUCUACCAUGUACAUUUCGCGAUGCUGUCACUGUGACGCGGGGUCUCUCGGUCAACUACAUCUGGAUUGACUCACUGUGCAUCAUUCAAGACGAUGAAGAUGAUUGGCAGAGUGAGGCAAGCAAGAUGGAACAGGUGUUCAGCGCUGCAUAUUGCACUAUCGGCGCAAGCGCCGCCAAAUCAUCGCUGCAGGGGUUUCUUACAAAUCGAAUUCCUCGAUCUGUAGUGAAAGUACCGAACGAUGUAUCGAGGUCCAUAUAUGCCUGUGUUGAUAUCGACGAUUUUCAAAGCGAUGUGGAGCUUUCGCCACUCAACAGCCGAGGCUGGGUUUUGCAAGAGAGGGCGCUGUCACGUCGCACCAUCUUUUUCACGUCCACACAGGUGUACUGGGAAUGCGGUGCUGGCAUACAUUGUGAGACUUUGGCUGUUCUUAAGAAUCCUAAGGUUACUGCUCUACUCGGUGAUGCAAAUUUCCCGACAUCCGCCGUCAGCCACUACAAAGAUGGCAGGCAGCUACUUAUACAAGAUCUGUAUGAACGAUACUCAGGAUUAGCAUUCACUAUGCCUGCCGAUCGAUCCAUCGCGAUACUAGGUCUGCAAAAGCGGCUCUCACGUGCAUUCAACACCAAAGCAGCUCACGGACUCUUCGAUGCAUAUUUCGCUCGAGGCUUGCUUUGGAAGCGUCGCCAUUGGCAGCGCAUGGAGCCCAUCGUCCAACCACCAGGUCGCCGGGUUCCUAGCUGGUCUUCCCUCUCAAAGCAUGGCAGCAUACAAUACAUGGAUGCAACGAAUGAAUUGAGAUUCGAGAACGUUUCCUGGGCCACUGACGACUUUCAGAAUCCCUUCGUAACCCGAAAGGAACCCGUCAAGGACGACGACAUAGUAGCGUUUUCGGGACGAGCAAGGAAGAUGCUGGUCUCAAAGCUAGAUAUGCUGACCAACGUCACAUUCGAUGGGGAUGAGGACUUUGCGGUGGACGAUCUACGCGAUAUGCGAACAUACGAGACGCUGGCAGUGGAGCAUUCCCAUCGAGCUACGCAUACCCUUCUGGACAAUGAACACCCCGAUUCGUUGCAACCGCGUUCCCGGCCACCACGCAAAUCACUUACAGUCCCAAAUCUCAUCAAUACCCGCUACAACACCGAAGAGCAUCCUUACGGUAGCCCACCUAUCAACAUUAGUGAUGAUAAAGGACGGACUCGCCUAGCCCAUGAUGGCGACUACAAAAGGAGACCUUUGACUGGUUCAGAAAGUAGAGGAAGUGAAGAAGAGUCUUCGAUCCAUAGAGUCGACGAUCUAGGUUUUGAGGCCGCUGCUGCCCUUUUCUCAGCAAUCCCUCGCGGAACCAGCGAUUGCGACUCAGUGUUAUCUAGUCCUAUCGAGGAUUUAUUCCGAGAGCGGAAGCUCGAUCACGUGUUUCGGUCGCAGGUGUCAUCAAGGUCCGUAUCUGUCCAGAAUCGCCUCCAACGGAAAAUCGAGCGAGCUCUGGUUUGCUGUGCACUUGACAAGCAAGAAUAUCUGCCCUUGGAUAGAUUUGAGUCGAUAUUCGAUUCGGAGUCGAUCGCCAUGCUUUUGCAAGAAGCAUGCCACUUGAAAACAAACGAGGAGUUGAGAGACAAGUUUGCAAAGAUAGUAGAUUCCGAGACAGGUAGAAGUCGGCGACGAAUUUUGGGUGUCUUGGUCUUCAUGUCACGCGUUAACUACAUCGACAACUUCAUACAAGAAGAUAUCUGGGAUAUCAACCUCCCGCUCGAGCGUUCAGCAAGUAUUCUUAACAAACUUGUUCGAACCCGCAAUUCAGAGAGAGCAUUUACUUUGGGAAACUGGAGUAGGAAUGAGAUUGAGCUAUUCUUUAUUUAUCAGAAGAUGCUUUUCGUACCAUUCUUCGACAUCAAAGAGCACCAAUUGUGUUCCUACGACCUCGGGUCAGACAUCAGGCUACCUUGGAAGUCGUUCGAGCACAAGACCAAUGGGGGCUUUGGUGCUAUUCACAAGGUCGAGAUACACUCGUCUCACCAUAACUUUGCAAGGUCCAAUUCUGGAAUCAAUCCGGUAUUCGCUUUGAAGGCUAUAGAAGCAGAGGACCACAAGGCUUACAAAGAAGAACUUUCUGCACUCGAGAAGACCUGUGCGCGAGUUCAAGAAGAGAAGCACCUCAUUAAGCUUUUGCUGACGUUCCGACAUGGUGAUAAAUUCUAUCUGCUCUUCGAAUGGGCCGACGGCAACCUCGAUGAAUUCUGGAGAACGCAUUCACCUGGACCGCGCACGAGUAUGCGUGAGAGAUGGGCUGCCCAACAAUGUCUUGGGCUCACAAGAGCAGUCAGCCGGAUUCAUGGGCUUACCACAUGGCAGAUGAGACAAAGGUCGUCUUUGGCAGGGUCACUCAUGGAAGCUGAGCGAGAUUGGGGAAGACAUGGUGACAUCAAACCUGAGAACAUCUUGUGGUUUGAGGAAUAUGGAAACGAUCACAACCUUCUCGUGAUGUCAGAUCUUGGUCUCACGCGCUACCAUUCCCAAUUUUCGAAGUCCAUCGUUCCGCGCUCACAUAUCGAUGGGCAUAGUUGGGCUUAUCGACCACCCGAGUUAGAUAUGGAUGAGAGAAUUUCUCAAAAGUACGACAUUUGGUCCUUGGGAUGCGUUUUCCUAGAGUUCUGCGUUUGGUACUUGCAAGGCCAUGAAGAAGUUGAACUUUUUAGUUUCCAGAGGAUAGACGAAGAUCUGCCAACUUAUGAAGGAGUAAAGAUCGAGAAGUUCUUCAACAUCGAGAAAACCGAGGAUGGACAAAAGGAGUCGCAUGUGAAGAACGCAGUGGAAGAGCGACUGAGAACCUUGAAGGGUCUAAGUGAUCAGAGUACAUUUGCCAAGGGUUUACUCCGUAUCAUCGAGGAGAAGAUGCUUCAAUGCGCGCCCAAACAUCGGGCAACGAUUGACCGCAUCAAAGCUGAUCUCUGGAACAUUCUGGAAUCUAUCCCGAAAGAAUCGAAUCCCCAAGAGCUCUCACAAGAUUUGGCAUACAUUAGACGAGACGAUUCUGCGCCGUCAUUGGGAGCGCCACGAGAUCUAAGUCUGUAUGAAGUGGCACGCGAGCCGACGAUCGAUGACCCAGACACGACAACGGAAGAUGGGAGCGAUACCGAUCUAGUAAUGCCGACGAGAUCUCAAAGAUUGAGACGGGAAAAUGCUGAGCAAAGCGAAGACCGUAGGGAUGCCGCACCGAGCAAAGAUGGACAGGGCAAUUUCGGAAUACUCGCAGCAGACGCGACAGCAGAAACAAGACCGAAGGAGACGAACGACCGAUUGCCACAUGUAGUAUUGGGGCCAGAAGAUGGUGAAGCUCCGCACGGGGACGCCGCUAGCUUCCAUAUAACGGGUAGAUCUCCACAGACAACGAAAACUAACAAGACAAAGAAGCGCCACAUCAGGCAGAAGUCAAGAAAGUGGUUCCAGGACCAGCUCACAAACCUGAAUCGCAUGUGGAAAGGUUGA